AUGUCACUCUCUGAUGACUUAUUUAACGCAUACAAUCUCCAAAAAGGGAAAACAGUAAAAAAUCACAUUGAUUCAGAUCAAAGUACAGCAUACGAAGUCUUCAGGAACAAAACAACCGCUGUAGAAGUUAUAGUGAAAGAAGUACCCAAUAAUAAGCAGAAAAUAGGCAUCCCACUUCACCAAGAUAUAGCUGGAAGACAUGCGCCAGAAAAUUUUGAAUCCCUAAAACAAGAAUUGAUUAAAACAAACAAUAUCUUAGAAAAGUCUCGCAUUAGUUUCCAAAUUUGUAUGAGAGAGAUGAAAAAACAAUUAGAUUCUGCAAACCAGAUGGAAAUGGACAUUCAAACGAAAUAUUUAAACUUAAAGCUAGAGAAUGAAAAAUUAAAAACUUUGUUGAUGUCUAAAACAAAUUUGGUGAAGAAAUUAUCGAAAGAGUUGAGCAUUUUAAAGCGUAUUAUAAAGUCGGUAAUAAAGAACAUGAUCAACAUCCCUAAGGCAGAUAAUAAUAACGUGUCAUGUACUUCAGAUCCUGACUAUGACGAUUUUGAGAAGAAUUUAAAAGGUGACUUAAAGUUCACCAAGUUUGACCAAUCUGUCACCUUUGAUAGCAGCGCGCCAAAAGAACUGAACAACACAUUUGAUAAGCGUCUCUUUGAAUAA